UCAUUCUGCUACAUGAUAGCGUAUGAGUAAUACUCAGCCGUAGAAAAAGGAAAAACUAAUUCCCUCAUAAUGAUAAGCUCUAUGCAAAUUCAAUCCCUUUUCAAAAACCCCAAAUUUAUGCGUUUUUCUUCUUCUUACUUGUUGCCCAAUUGUUUUAAUUUCCACCGGAAUCCCUGCAGCAGAAAAACCUAUAUUUUUCCCCAGAGGCAAUUCAAGUACUGUACAGAUACUGAAAUAGAAUAUGAAAGAAGAAGAAUUCAUAGAAAGGGGAAAGGGUUUUUGUGUAAUGGAUUUAUUUUGCCAGUGGAUCCAUGGGCACCCAAUAUUGAUUCAGAGAGCAUAGCCUCACAGCUCUUUGCAUUCUCUCUGUUUCCUUAUCUGGGUUUCUUGUAUUUCAUCACCAAAUCCAAGUCUGCCCCAAAACUCACCCUUUUUGGAUUCUACUUCUUGCUGGCCUUCGUUGGUGCCACCAUACCAGCAGGAAUAUACGCAAAGGUGCAUUACGGGACAUCCUUGUCCAAUGUCGAUUGGUUGCAUGGUGGAGCUGAGUCACUGCUCACUUUGACAAACUUGUUCAUCGUGUUGGGUCUGAGGGAGGCUCUUAGAAAGGUGAAAAAGGAGGAAGAAAAUGAAUCCAAGACUGCAUCUGGAAUUGAAGGGGAGGAGAAGUCAUCAAUCUAAGGGAUACAAAUGUUAUCGUCCUGGUACUCUCCCCUUGCCACAGUUGCACAUGUAUAUAUCAUGUUGUCCAAUAGUAAUUUCUCUGCCAAAGUCUUGCUCAAAAGGUCGAGUUUCCUCUCGUUGUCCAUGAUUUUGUAAAAUUGUCAUCCUAGAUCUUACCAGAUGGACUUCGUAGUUUCUACACAAUGCUAGAGAUGUAAUUAAAUUCAUUAUGUAAUAUUCGUUCGUACUUUCCAUGGUCUUAUCUCAGUAUUGAUGUCUUUGAUUGCAACUUCUUUUGCUAUGGCAUUCUUUUAAUAUUUACAAUCUUUUUGCUUGGAA